AUGGAGUCCACCCUCCUCAAAGGUGGAGCAGACACUGCAGGUGUCCGGCCUGCAGCGGUGCCCUCUGGCAGUUCGCAGCCCCCGGCUGAGGUAGAAGGGCUUGCGGAGCUGGCCAAGACGCAGGGAGACAAGACUCAGACCGGAAAACCUGCAGGAACAGGAGAUGAGAGCUCCAGCUCCUCCUCCUCCUCAUCUUCUUCAUCUUCAUCUUCCUCCAGUAGCUCCUCAGACAGUGAUAGUGAGGAAUCCAGCUCCUCUUCUUCAGAUAGCUCUUCUUCAUCUUCUGACAGUGAAGAUGACAAGAAGAAGAAGAAGAAGAAAAAGAAGAAGAAGAAGAAGGAUUCCAGCUCUUCAUCUUCAUCCUCAUCUUCUGACAACAACAAGGAGAAAAAGGACAAGAAAAAGGAGGAUGAUGAGAAAAAAGAUGAAGAGCAAAGUGAUAUUGGUCUGCCAGCAGCAGGUGGUGCAAUUCCAGGACCAGAUGAAAAGGUUCCUGGCAAGCUCUUACAUAGAUCAAAUAGCAUUGAUGGCACUGGCAAUGUUAUUGAUGGCAAUGAUGUUUCCUGUCUAAUGGGGGGAGUAGAGGCAGUACCUAAGGAUGGCAACCUGAGUGAUGAUGAAGGAGAAGGAGGGGAGGAGAAGGACAAGAAGAAGAAACUGAAAAAGAAAAAGAAGAAGAAGAAGAAGAAGAAGAAGAAGGAUUUUAGCUCUUCUGAUGAUAGCUCCUCUUCUUCCUCCGAUAGUGAUGAUGACAAGAAAAAGAAGAAGAAGAAAAAAGACAAGAAGAAGAAGAAGAAGAAGCAGAAGAAGGAUUCUUCUUCUUCAUCAAGCUCCUCAAGCAAUUCUUCUAGUGAUGAUGAUAAGAAGAAGAAGAAGAAGAAGAAGAAGGAUAAGAAGAAAAAGAAGAAGAAAGACAAGAAAAAGGAUUCCAGUUCCUCUUCGGGUUCUUCUUCCAGCAGUGAUGAUGACAAGAAGAAGAAAAAGAAGAAGAAGAAAGACAAGAAGAAGAAAGACAAAAAGAAGGACUCAAGCUCCAGUUCAGGGUCCUCUGGUAGUGACAGUGACAAGGAAAAUAAAAAGGAGAAGAGUGAGAACAAGGAGGAAAAGGACCACCUUGAUGGUGAGCAAAGCAGCGACCCUAAAACCAGCAUUUCAGCCUCAGGUGGUGGUGGACCUUCUGCCACUAGUGGCGGCAGCUCCAAGCCAAGUGAUGCUCCCAAAGUGUCUCUUACAUCUCCUGCCUUGAAGCUGAAUCCUGCGAGUUCUUCAGCUGCCACCAAGUCCUCCCUUGUAAUCAAACGUCCCAGCUACAUGGAGAGCCUGAUGGGCACCCCGAAGAAGACUGGAGACAGCACGACACACUCCACUAGUCACCUCACCUCAAAGGAUCUGCUGUCAGGGCCCAGACCUUACCAACAUUAAGAUGUCAUAGAUCUUAAUAAUCAGUCAAAAUCUGGCCUACAUGACACUGGAAGCACUUCAGUGUAAUCAUGAUAUGCUUUAAUGAUGUUACCUUGGGUCAUGAUUUCAUUGGAAGAUCAGUAAAUUUUACAAAAUAAAUGCACUGCUUGAUUAAACAGGAUUCUGAGAAAAGAUUUGUGUUUUUAAAAUGGACAAGUUUACAAUUGGUGGAGGAAAUGUCAAUUUACGAUCACAACAGGUUAAAGGUUUGAGAAAUAAAAGAGCAUGAAUUCAU